CGGAAGGUUUCACUGUCAUGUCAGUUCCCUAAAACUGUAGUCUCGAAUGGGGAUCCGCUAGCAGGUGUCUCUCGGGGACAGUUUUAUCUCAUGGGGGAGUGUUUGAGGACAACUUGCCCAUGUCUUCAGACAUUAUGGGACAGAAUAUACGGAUCCUCAGCGACCGAUGGAGAAAACAUCGUGAAAGCUGACAGUGACCGUACGGGCGAUGUGCUCGGUAAUACGCAAUCUAACCGUUACGGACAGACGGCGAGCGAGCCGCUGCCAGCUCGGAAGACAGCCGCUCUUCACACGGCUCUGUGGGACUUCGAGGCGCGCGACGGCCGGGAGCUGUCGUUCAAAGCUGGUGAUAUGUUAGAGAUAGUCACGAGUUCCGGCGACUGGUGGAGUGCGAAGAAAAUCGACUCGUACGGACGCGUGGCCACCGGUUUUGUACCGUUCAAUUACCUGGCGCGUGCGGAGUCCGUGGAGUCUCAACCGUGGUUCUUUGGAAAGAUGAGCCGUAUUGAAGCAUUGCGUCACCUCAUGUCAGCAGAAAAUGAUAAUGGAUCCUUUCUUGUGCGAAUCAGUGAGACUGAUAUCAUGAGCUUCGUACUCUCAGUGAAAUCACAGGCCAAAGCAAAGCACUUCAAGAUCUAUCAUAAUAGUGGCCAUUUCUAUGUGGAUCCAUCUCCUCAGUUUGCCAGUGUAUUAGAGGUGGUUGAAUAUUAUCAAACUCACCCACUCUCCACUUCGGAUUUACUUCGGGAACCCUGCAUUCGGAAAAGGCCUCAGCUGCAGGAUCUGUCUCCCUCCACAGUCGAUGAAUGGGAGCUGCCUAAAGAUCAAUUUACUCUUGAGAAGAUGCUCGGCAGUGGCCACUUUGCAGAUGUUUACAGCGGCAAGUGGAAAAAUCACACUAAAGUGGCCAUCAAAAUCCUCAAGAACAAUGAUGCUCUUGUGCAGAAGGACUUUCAGAUGGAGGUGCAGAUCAUGAAGCGUUUGCGUCACAGACACCUGAUUUCUCUCUUUGCCGUCUGCACUUCCUCCCACCCAUUUUACAUCAUCACCGAACUAAUAGAGAAGGGAGACCUGCUGAAUUUCCUCAAAAAUGCAGAGGGUAGUGCAUUGGACAUGGAGUCUCUGAUCGACAUGGCAGCCCAAGUGGCAGAUGGGAUGGCAUACUUAGAGACACAUAACAGUAUUCAUAGAGACCUCGCAGCGAGAAAUGUCCUAGUCGGGGAGGGAUAUGUCUGCAAAAUUGCUGAUUUUGGCCUAGCUCGAGUCAUUAAGGAGCCUGUUUAUAUAUCUGAUGAGAAGAAGAUCCCAUAUAAAUGGACCGCGCCUGAGGCUAUCGGUCAUGGCCGUUACUCAAGCAAAUCUGAUGUGUGGUCAUUUGGGAUUCUUCUUUAUGAGAUUGUCACAUAUGGAGCAAUACCUUAUCCAGGUGUCCGUAAUGGUGAUGUGUAUGAUCUGGUCACACGAGAAAACUUUAGGAUGCCUUCACCAUCUAACUGUCCAGAGGUUAUUUAUAACAUCAUGCGAUCUUGCUGGAGAGCAGAGCCAGAGGACCGUCCGACUUUUACGAUUCUGAGGCAUGAACUAGGCAACUAUCAAGGCACCUAAAGGGGACGUGGGUAAAUUGGACAGUCAGAUUCCACCCCUUCCAAACAUCCUGAGAUCUUAAAGCACUUAUAUAAGCACAACAAGACUGACCUUGAACAAUGCUUAAGGACAGAUGCAUCAUACAGUCAUCUUUGAUGGAUUAAAUGGACUGUGGAUUAUCAAUAUCAGUUUUCAGAUUAUGAGGAAGAGGCAUGCAUGAAGCACUUUUUAAAAUUAAUUUGUGUUCAAAGCAAUUAUUGUCUGAAUUUAAUGAGAUUUUUUUAUUUUAUUUUUAUAAAUCUUCUUAGGUAGAGUGGACUUUACUGAUUAGAAGUCCAAAAGAAAAAAUAACUUUUUAAAUAUGUUAUGGACAAUCAGUUCAGUUUAGGGGCAUUAAAAUAUGAAUUAAAAUGUCU